AUGGAGCUCCCCAGUUACAGCCAGCAGCUGCUGCCCCAGCUGUACACCCUGUGCAAGGAGCAGCACUUCUGUGACUGCACCAUCUUUAUUGGGGACGUGCAUUUUAGAGCACACAAGGUGGUUUUGGCUGCUGCCAGCCUGCUGUUUAAAUCCCUCUUGGACUGUACAGACAGCAUCUCCAUUGAUGCUUCUGUGGUGAUGCCUGAGGAGUUUGCACUCUUGCUGGAGAUGAUGUACAGUGGCAAACUCCCACUGGGGAAACACAAUUGCACCAAAGUUAUCUCCGUGGCAGAUAGUCUGCAGAUGUUUGAUGUGGCUGUUAGUUGCAAAAGCCUCCUCAGGGACCUCAUAAGCUGUUCUCCUCGGGACCAGGUACACUGAGAGGUCUCCAGCCAGGCAGCAGAUUCAUCUGAAAACAAAGCUGAAGCUAAUAACCUGCCCCAGUCUGGAAAACCCAAAGAAGAAAAAACAGAUAUCCUUCUCACUCAGAGAGUUUUCCCUUUACCUGGCCCUGUAGAAGCAGAAAUGGAAGCAGAUGUUUCUCCUCCUGGCCAGGAACUUACUGUGAAUUGCACCUGGGUUCACGAGGACUUGAUGUUGAAUGUCUCCAGGUCCCUCCAGGAGGAUUCAAGCUCUGGCCCUGACCAGCCUGCCCAUGCUGAGUGAAGUGGCUGUGUGGAAGAGUCUCCAGAGCUUGCUGAGCCUCCAGAGGGAUUUGGGUGAGACUUCACAGGUCUGGCAGCAGAGAGCAAAAGCUGUAAACUGGAUUUCUUUCUUGGAUAUGAAAGUGUUUUCUCUGAGGCCCUUUCUGAUGCCCAGGCUGUGCUGAAAAGACUCGACAGAGAAACUGAUGCCUCUCAAAAGGAGGCUCUGGCUGCCUGUCUCGCCAAGGCAGGGGAACAGUCACUGUUCAAGAAGUUGCUGAGCAAAGUGGAGCAUGCUUGGCUCAGGGAUACUCACACCCAGGAUAGUGACACCCAGGACACUUGGCCCCUGGACACUCAGACGCUCCUGUCCUUUCUGAAGCUGUUUCAAGACAUGAAUUCCAGGCUGAGAGCAGCUCUGCUGGAGAGGGAACAGGGCACUGGAAAAGCCCCACGGCAAGGAGAGAACAGAGCUGAGGAGGAGACGCUGACCGCUCGCUUGCUGGGCUGCAGGGAGGAGCUGAUCCAGAGCGUGACACAGCUGAGCCCCAUCGUGGAGUUCUUGGAGGCAGCAGAAGAGGGAUCCCUGACCCCCUUGGAGAAGUGGGUGACAAGGGCUUGGCUCACAGAAGCAGUGAAAGAGCUACUGAGUAUUUCUGCUCAGAAGGAAAGUUCAGAGGCCUCCUUGAAAGCAGCUGAGAAGUGUGUCCUGACCAUGAAGAUCUACCAGGUGCUGUGCAGUGUCCAUGAGUCCUUCCCAGACCUGCAGCCAAUGAUGCAGGAGCUGGGCCCUGUGUGUCUCUUGACUGAGAGAAGUGGGGAGAAACCCGGGAUCAGGAAGUGGAAGGUGAACAGUGAAUCCCAAGUUAGAUCUCUGGACAAAGAUAAGGACAGGGCAGGAGGAGCUGGUGCCAAAGAAGCAAAGGAAUCCCAAGACAAAGCUUAGUCCAAGAAGAGUUCUGUCUGCAAAGCCUGUGCUAAGACCUUCCACUUCUGCUGCUGCCUGAAAGUGCACAUGAAACGCUGUCAGGUGUCCAGAGGAAAGCAGAUCCAGUGUAAAGAGUGCAGCCAGGUCAAACUGACCAAGAAGGAGCUGGAAAAUCAUCAGCUGGAGGUCCACGGGGUGGUGGGGAUGGCCAAGGAAAAGAAGAAGCGGCUCCCUGUGGCGUGUGACAUCUGUGGAAGAGAGUUUGCUCAUGCCUCAGGGAUGCAGUAGCACAAGCUGACAGAACACUUGGAUGAGAAGCCCUUCUCCUGCCAGGAGUGUGGGGCCAGGUUUGUGGCAAACCCCACGCUGAAGAACCACCUGCAGCUGCACACGGGGGACAGGCCCUUCCUGUGCAAGCACUGCCUGGUGGCCUUCAUGCAGGCCUCGGCCCUUGCCUACCACAGCAAGAGGGAGCAGGCUGAGGACACUGAAGAUCCCUACAGCUGCAAGAAGUGCCAGAUGAGCUUUGCCACCCUGCAGGAACAUUGCAAGCAUGUCCAUGAAGCACCUUCCUGGGAAUACCAGCCCUGGCCUACCUGCUCCAAAAUCUGCAGUGCCCCAUCACUCCUGGAGCACCACAUGGUGACCCACACUGGGGCAAAGCCUUUGGAAUCUGUGACAAGACUUACCAGACCUGUGAUUCUGACGUCGAAGCAAGGAGCAGCAGAGCACAUCAUCUCUUUUGAUGGCACCCAGCUCGUUGGCUCCCAAGUCUUUUUGAUGUUGCCUGAAUCCCAUGUGAGCCAAAGUGGCUCUGAGCAGGUGGCAGUGACUAAGGAGGACUUGUUUGAUGACAGAGUAACUGUGAUUUGUGAAGAAACCAAGCAGGAGACAGUGGGGGGGGGGCUCCAUCUGCCAUUUGCUAUCCCCUGGACUUGUUCAGGAGCUCAGUGUGCUGCUCCAGCUCAGAGAUCCAGGCCUUCUCUGGGAAGGCAAUCCCAGGCAGGCAGCAAGCACAGAGUGACCAGGGACAGGAGAGGUUCAUAGACAUUCAAUGCCUGGGAAGUCUCCCUGCAUUAAGCAGCUGCCAGCUCAGGUGAGCUGGACCACCUGUGUCUCCCAGGUGAGAAAUAAAGCAGAGGAAAAGAAUGGGAAUUGGGUGUGACCCUCUGCUGCUGUGAAGGGAGGGGAGGGGACUAGUGCAGGACAAAACUGGGGUGUA